AGACACGUCACGCCCGCCACGCGGCCGUCCGAAAGUUCUCUGCUCCGUACACGUGUCAGGCAGCGACGGUGCCUCGACAUUCCCGCUCGGACACAAUCGACGGCUGGGAAAAAAGCCAGGCUUUCUACUACGCGUUGCUUUCUCGUGGGGUAAGGUCCACCCUAGGCCUUUACACUGUUCUCUCAUUCCAUUCUCAUUUUCUCUUUCUCCCUUACCCGGGACGCCGCCUAUUCCCGAUCGAUCGAGCGAUGGCGCAAGCAAGCAAUGCAGCGAUUGCUAGCCGUUUCUCGAGCUCUAGAUAGGAGAAAUCUAUCCAUUCUUCCAUCGUCCAUUGUCGCGUAGCACAGCUAGAGCGCUGCGUCACAGGGUUUAGGCGCUCCUUGCUCGCCAAGCAAACGGGAAAGGCAAAUUGAUCCAGCGCGCAAUCGCAAGCGUCGGGAGCGUUUAAAUGCUCGUUGCCGGCGGUAUUCCAGGCCUCGAUCGACAAACCCCAUCGUCAUUCAUCGGUUUUUUGGGAGAAAUAUCGAUCCAGAAGGUAUUCCAUGCAUCCUCUCUCUAGAUCUUGUGACAUCAAUGCGCCGCUGUUCAUCGUCUAGGUCUCUUCGGGCGAGGAUUUCUCUGCGAUUUCUCCCCCACGCUGUGGUUUGACAUCGAAAUAUUUGUUUAUGUGCUACAGGAGGGCGCCUUGAUCCAUCCGGACGCCUCUCUCUGUUGCUGAUGGAAUAGAUUCUCAGAUCGAUCGAUCGAUACCAAUCAUCGCCAGGGUCGUUGCCAGGAAUUGGAGAAAGGUUUACUUUAGAACAGGAAGGUAGGCCUACAGGAAUUUAGAACAGGGAAGGAAGUAGACAAAGAAAAAGAAGAAAUGGGUAACCAGAGCAGCCGGUCACUCUCGCCAGGAGAAAGUUUGAGCAGCAUAGAUCUCAGCGAGUACGAGAGAGUAUGUGCCAUGGAUCCAGACGUGAGAAAAUUUGGGGAUGGGCUCAAGGAACGAACAGAAAGGGUGCUCCAGAGCAUGGCGGCCGGGGUGGACGAGAGGGGACUUUCAUUCCAGUCGUUAAAGGAUGUGACCACCAGCUUUUUAGAGCUCGACCAGGAGGUUGUGAACGUAAUUCUCAACUACAAGAAGGACGUGUGGGCAAGCGACUCGCUGUUUGAGCUGGUCAAGGACUACUUCGACAACAGCAUGGCUACGCUAGACUUUUGCGAGGAGCUAAACAAGUGUAUCAAACAGGCCAGGGAGAACCAGAUGUCGAUCCAGGUAGCGAUCAACAUGAUGCCCAGCGAAGGAGAUCCAAACGAGGAGCAGUGCCAGGCAAUUCUCAAAGAGCUCAACCAGUACGUGGACGCCGGCAACCCCUUCACGGACGAGUUCAUGGAGAAGUUCCAGACCGUCUACCAGAAGCAGAUGGAGCUGCAGAGAAAGCUUCAGGCGAAGAAGAAGUCGCUGGACAGGAAGCUGCGGUAUGUCCGCGGCUGGACGAAGGUGUCGACGAUCAUCUACGCUGCGACUUGCGCGGCGCUGGUGAUCUGUGCGGUGGUGGCGGCGGUGAUGACAGUCCCAGCGAUCGUAGGGGCGGUGGCAGCGGUAUCGUCGAUGCCACUCGAGACCCUGGGAAGAUGGAUCAAGUCCUUCCUCACCAAGUACGAGAAGGAGCUCCAGGCACGCCGGGAUCUGAUGAGAGAAGCGAACUUCAAGACGUUUGUGACGAUCAAGGAGAUGGACACGAUACGAGCGCUCAUCAACAGCCUCAGGAACUCCAUGGAAUCGAUCGUCCACUGCAUACAGUUUGGGCAGAGGCACGCGGACGGCUUUGGCAUGCAUCUGGUGGUGGAGCAGCUCAAGAGCCGGCAGAGCGCAUUCAUUCGGGAUCUGGACGAACUGGAGGAGCACGUCGAUCGCUGCAGCAGGGACAUCCGGAGGGCCAGACUGGUGGUUCUUCGCCGGAUCGUCAAGAAGAGAUCCAAGAGCUUGUGAGAAUUGGUGGACAGCUCUCGCGGCUCGCCAGGAUGAUCGUUUGAAGUAGCUUCUCCAUCCUCAUCUGUGCUCCAAAGUUUCGAGAAAACAAAAAAACAUUGAUUCAUUGUAAAUAAUAGUUAGGUCAAUAAAUUUUCAAUGGUCAGCCCUAA